UUGGUGGAUGAAGGCGAGGGAGAGGAAGAAGAAUGUAAUCUCGGUCCCUUUGUAGCGCUCGGCUCUGCCCUUGCAGAUUAUGCCCAAUGCUUCAAAUCCACCACCCAGAACAGGACCACCCAGAGAAAUACCAGGUGCAGAACUGUCUCGCGCUGCUCCGGCGGCCCAUGUAAGCCCAUUGGCAGCUACUACUGUUGCAACCAGAACACCUACCGGAGCAGCCAGCGAAGUUCCACCUGUGCCUCCGUUAAAGUUGCCUGCAAAGAUGAACCAUGAUCAUGUUAGCGAGAGGCCACCCCUAGUAACGCGUAAAGAAGGUGCCGCGCCGACAUCUGGAGUACUGGCUGGAGCGUUCAAGGAUGAACACGCUACGCGUAGUGAUGUUUCUCGCCACAGUGGAGGCAGGAAAACUCAGAAAGACAAUGCAGCUCCGGUGGACACUAACGUCAGCAUUCUUACUAACGCAGCUCCUGCAAUACGCACACGUGGACCUUGCCCUGGAAUGCCCAUGACGCCAGAGCAGAUGGUGGGGAAGACGAGUCCAAUAGAUGACGACGUGCUAGGGAAGGGCGUGGAACAACAACGAACUAUUUCAAGGCCUAAACCACUUUCAGACAUUGGCGGAGAUCCUUGUGGAUUUGCGGGUUCCGUUGCCACAGGGCAGGUCCGAGAUCCUGACAUACUGUUAGUUCCUAUUGCGACGAACAUACCGGAAUGGGCAGCUCUAACGGAAAUCCAAGAAACUCCAACAACAGGAUAUCUACAGCAGAAGGAAUGGGUACCUCAAACAGAAAAGCAAAAUCCGACAGCGGGAUACAUUCAGCAGGAGAAAUCGUUAGCACAUAUAGGAGUGCAAAAUUUUUUUGAAACAGGAGUUGUUCAGCAACAGGAAUUGGUACGCACGAUAGGCACGCAAAAUGCAUGGCCUAGGGAACCUGUUCAGGGACAGGAGUGGGUUGCUCCAGUUGUAAUGUAUGAAGCACCGGAAAACAGCCAUCUUCAGCAGCCCGCGCAGACCUUCAACUCAACAUGUCCAGGAAUAGUGGAACAAUCGGGUCCGCCUGCUGUUCAACAAUUUGAUACCCGUUCCUUCCAGAUGAACCAAGUAAUGGGACUUAGGAAUCAGCCGCCAGACUCAACAAGCGGUCAAGAACCGUGGAUUCAGCCGCUGUACAGUGUGAGACAGAUACCUGUCUCAGCCAAACAAGCAAACGAGCAUCAAUGCGGCUACUGCAUCGGGCAAACACCCCAUCCAUAUGUUCCACAACUACCAUACAUGCUGUCACAGGAAGCAUAUGUAGGCCCCGACUUCCCUAUAGUGAAUGGCGCAGGGCCUCACUCGAAAGACAAAAAGAAAAAAAAGAGGAAAACGUCUGCCACGGAAAAGUCGCAGCAGCGUGCCCGAAAGAAUGUCAAAGACGAAUCCCAACAAACACAGUGGGAGUUGCGGUCAAGGGAACAGCAAACCGAGCCAGAGCUGCCGACCGCCAAUCCCGCAGACGUUAUCAGAGUAGAGAUCGUGGACGUCACUCCAGGUUACGGACACAUGUCGCCGGCGUGUGCAGGGCAUCUCAGCCCGGAUCUGAUGAUGCAAGGGAGUGCAGAAUUUGAAAACAGAAACCAUGAAACGGACACGUGUCCGGCGCACGGAUACGUAUUCCCUCAGUGCGCGGGACAACUCGGCGAGGAUUGGGCUGAGAAACAGCAUGCCGAAUUUCAAGUUGCAGCUCCUCCAACAGCAACAACGAAAAGUGCAGCGCCCACAAUUGAGAAGCCCACUGCUACUAAGGGAGGGGCCAAAGAGAAUGUACUCAAAAAAUACAAGAUGCCAAAAAUGCCAGUCGGGAAGAAUGCUGCCAUGGCGGUGGUAAUGGCAGCUGUGGUCGCCGUGUUUCUAGUCCUCUUCCUCUUGGCGUUCCUUGUUCGCUCCACCAGCUCAGCACCGUCGCAUCUUGGAGCCAACUUCGCCUCAACGACUAGUGAGCGCGGUCUGCGACGGCGACCUGCUAAGAAUGUGAAGCUCAGUCGGAUCAUCUUGAAUGAGAAAGCCUACUGGAACCUCUGAGCCACGGGCGUUCACUUGUUGCCACCAAGACAACCAACUUUUGAUUCUGCUCAAUACAGCUGUCAGAAAAUA